AUGUCUCUAACUUUGUUAAAUUCGAAUCAAGAUGUACGACAAUGGAUAGCCCCGCUAAAGUUGUCCUACUCGGAGGUGUGUGAAAAAUUUGGAAUCGACAUUAAAAACGAUCGACGCAAUGCCUUCUUUUGGAACAUGAUGCUGGGUAAAAAUAUUAUAAUCAACGACGAUUUGCUAUCUUGGUGUGGUUAUACGGGCGACUACCGAAAUAUGAAAACAAAUUUUAUGUCUUUAUUGAAAAAGAAUCCACACUUUAAGUACGAAGAAAUCGAUGAUGCCAGUUUUCGGAAGAAACGCUACAUUGUUCUGGAUACGCUGCAUUUCGAGUCGCUGCUGAUGCAAAUGCGCAGUCGCAAAGCUCAAGAGAUACGCGAGUUGUAUUCUUUCCUUAAAUACAUUUCCAUGCAGUAUAUGAAAUAUGAAAAAUAUUUCGAGGAGUACCGCAAUGAAUUGAUUAGCGCUCAAAACAAUCAAUUGACGCAGUCGGUUCACGAGUUGAAGGAUCUAGUGUUGCUGGUGAAAUCGAAUGCCGAUCGCGAAAUUGAACGAGCCGAACAAGAGAGACUAAAGGCGGAAGAGGAGAGACGGCAAGCAGAAAAACGUCACUUGACCGUGUCCACCAAGCUGGACAUUAUACGCAAACGUAUACGCACCGAAGUGGUGGAUCAAUUGCGUACAGAAAUUGCGCCGCUUGUUGCACCAUUGCCCAUCAAUCGCAAAAAGGAUCGCUGUUUGGCGUUGAUCGGGGUAAUACCGAACCGAGAAUGGUACAUUGUCAGGAGGCAACGCGAGAGCUUCGAAAAGGCAAUUUGUGUAUUUAUGAAGAGGAAUCCUAAUGCCAAUUUGGUGAAACGGUGGCGCGGAUUGGCGCACUCGAUCGACAUUGGUAAUUGUAUUAAAUUGCGCAUGCGAAACUUGAAAUGGUUUGCUCGAGGAAACAUUUUACGGAUCGUCGAUGAUGCUUCUGAUGCUACAGCCAUCGUCGUAUAUUCCGACCAGGAUAUUGUGGAUGCGAUAAAUGCGAUCUUAGAGGAAAAUUGCGCGAUACAAUUGUCUGAGAAAACGGAACGCCUUUUGAAUACAAGCUCCGAAUCGUCUCAAUCGGAUAUUUUCGAACUAUAG